AUGCAUAGAAAUGAAUUAACAAAUGAGCAAAGAGACCAAAUAAUUGAUGCUUAUCUUGCAGAUUCAAAUGCCUUAAAAAUAUUAGUUGUGCUGAGUAUUGCCUGCACAACAGAUGGUGUUGGACCAUUAGUAGUAGUUAAUAAAAAGAUAGAUUGA